AUAUCCUGAGACAUGAGGGUUGCGUAUCUAACUGCUUUGUCUUUUGGAGACUAGUCGUACCCACGCUAUAUGUCUGCCAUUUCGAUCUCAAGGAUCUUAUGUAUCUUCUUAGAAUCUGCCGACUUACUAGGCUUGGAUGGUCAAAUGAUUCUGCGAAGGUUUGAACGCUUUGCAAUUGAACGCGUAGUCCGUGCGUAUUCCACUAUAUACCACCAGGAACAGUAUUGUAUGUUGCACGCCGACCGAUAAGGUAACGACAAGCAGGUUUUUGUUUCGCUUCCCAGGCAGCCUUGGAAUGAUUCUAUCUAUCCAUUGCAGGCAUUCUGUUGAGCAAUGCUGAGAACUGCACACAUCGAGACGGAUCGAGACCCCUGUGCACUCCACGUGGAGUUGUGCUUCCCUCCAUGCAUUCGUCGGUCUGAAUGGACUUGUCAAAGUAGUGUGUAGCACAUGCUAAUCGCCUUUCAUUUCUACGAAUCUUCUCCCUGGGUAUCAGUUCCCUCCGAACAUUACGGCCUUCUCUCAGCUUUAGAUGAAACACUAGUGGAAUCAAAAACCUAGGGCAGAAUUGCGGAAGACUACUUUCGGGUCACGCGGAAGAGGACAGAAACGUUCUCGAUCGCGUGGAGAACGUCCGAACUGGGAUAACGCGGCCGCGGUGAGGCGGUUGACUGUACUUGGCCUUUUCAACAUACUCCGCCUGUCCAAGAGCCGCCCAAUGGGUAACUUGCCCCGUCUUCCCUCGUACUCUUUUGCAGCGCGUUGUUUCAGUGCUGCUAUCUGCCGCGGAUUGCCCCAUAACACUCCCUUCUACCUGGAGAAGCGGUAGUAUUUUUCUUGUCCACCGUCAUGUCUUGCGAAUCAUUUCCAACGGCCACCGAGUUUGGCACGUUCACCACGGACAGCAUCUCUACGUCGUUCACAGAUGAGGUUACUACUCUCCCGCCUUCGACAACGACAUUGACCUCGACCAUAUGCACCACAGCAAGUACAACUAAUGGUACUGCUUCUGAUUGUAGCACCACCAUCAUUGUUAGCACUAUCGAUGGAGGAGUGAGCACAAUUUCUGUACCCGUUCCUGUUACAUUCGUGAUUACCUCCAGCUCUCCAACGGCCACCCUCUUUUCGACCACUUGUGCUAGUAGCGGCGAAGUUUUGCCACCUCCACCUCCUACUAGCUCUUCUUCAACGCCUUCAUGGACGCCUUCAUUGACGCUGUCUCCGAUCACGUCUGCCUCCAUCAGUUUAUCAACGUCUGUAAAUGCUGCAGGCUCAACCGUCAUUGUUGAACACACGUCAACUUAUGUCAUAAUCCCAUCGUCUACACAACCAGCUGGUUCGUCUAGUAACAACAACGUUGUACCUAUAGCUGCGGGUGUUGGGGGUGGUGUGGGUGGACUAGUGGUGUUGGCUGUGAUCGUCUGGUUCUGCUUCCGACGAGGAAAGAAAAGGGAUGAGGACUACAACUUCAAUGAUAUCAAGUUCCCACCCUUACCGGCACAUCAUACACAAAUGAGCAGCUCAGACGAGAUUGAUGGUCCCAUCCCAGAUCCAUACAUGUACGGGAGACUUAACAACAAUCAGACCCCUGCAGGAGGGCAACCUCAACAAGUGUCUGGCCUCCCGCAUUCCGUUCCUCCUUCGAAAUUCGACACUUCACCCAUCGAUCGUCGCAGGCCAUCCGAAUUGAGUCCGACAGGCACUUACGGGUAUGCUCAUGGAGCACCAUCCUCACCACCGAGACCGUAUGAGAAUUCAUCUGCCUCUCACCAUCGCAAUCCAUCUGCCGUGAACGGCAUGGGUUCGGCCACACCUCACGGAUACUUUGGUUAUGUGGACAACGAGCAGGUCCCUAACCGUCUUAAUCCAUCUGUUCUAAGCGGUAUGGGCCCUGCCGGUCCUAACGUAUACCCAGGUUAUCCCCAUGAAGCUUCUUCGCCACCACCGACAACGUAUCGUACAGAUGGCAGUAAUCUGAAUCCUAGUCAACCUUCCAAUACCCAUACACCACUGACGGUAGCGAAUCCCGGUCCCGAUGCGACAUUCCCUCGUGACAUGAAGGAUCGUACCAUAUACCUACGAGCGGAUACCGGAUACGAGAUACAUGGAUUACCUGCGAAUUCAAGUCCGAGCUCUUUCGGGGUAACUCAACCGCACGCGGAGUCGUCCUCGGCUAAGCUUUUGCCCUCUCCACCUCCUGCGCAGUCCACUCCCCCUCCCGAGCCAGUUAUUCAACAUCAAGAUGCUGGUGCUGUUUAUCAGUCAGAGGGCUCGACUUCUUCACGCCGUCCAGUUGUACAGCAAGAAAGUGGUGAUGCGGUCGUGCAAGUAAAUGCGCUCCGGAAACGUAGGAAUGACAAGCAGUCUCCCCAUGGCGCUGAUACUGUUGGAGGAGAGGCUCCUCCUGCGUAUGAGGAAUGAUGCAUGCACGAAUAAUGAGUUAUCUAUCAGUUACUUCUUAUGUCUUUUAGGAUCUCAUUCUGGACUUUUCCCGAGAGAAGUUAUACCAUACAGUAUUAUUAUUUUACUUAUGUUAGCGUAGUGAUCGACGCAAGUAGGGCGCGUCGCGGCUUCCGAUCAAUUCUCGAUCGCGUCUGUCACGUGUAGGACCUGCUUACAUACGUAACCUCUCAGCUCGAAGCACCCGCUUUCGUUAUUCUCUUUCUUUGUACGCUUACACUUCCUGCUAGACUUUUAUUGUACGCUAUCAUCCCAUCAUGGAGAUUCCGUUGUUUGGAGACCAUCCCACG